AGUCCAGCCACCACUGCUACAGACUUUGUCGUUAGCCUUGCUGCUCCUCUAGCAAGAUCCCCAUGGCCCCCAGCACAGACUUCAUGGAGCACAGUUCCCUCCUGACUCCCAAAGAGAAAAACAAACUGAGGAAGCCGGUGGUGGAGAAGAUGCGCCGGGACCGGAUCAACAGCAGCAUCGAACAGCUGAAACUCUUGCUGGAGAAGGAAUUCCAGAGACACCAGCCCAACUCCAAGCUGGAGAAGGCUGACAUCCUGGAGAUGACCGUCAGCUACCUGAAGCAGCAAAGCCUCCUGCAAGGCAAAGCUCCAGGUUCACUCCCCAGAAGCCUGCAGACGGACUUCAAGGAGGGUUAUGCCCGCUGCCUACAGGAAGCCUUUCAGUUUCUCUCCUUCCACAAGGCACAGACGGAUACGCAGACCAAGCUGCGCAGCCAUUUCCAGAAGAACUCCUCCGCGGCCCCUGAGGGGCUAUCUCCCUCUUUCCCAGCCCCUAAUCCUGGGAAGCAGCCUGCUCUUAAAGGUCCUCCCAGUCCUUUGUGGCGGCCCUGGUAAAAUGGACUGAUACCGGCCAGCCCGAGGUUUUUAACUCCAGAGGAAGGCGACUCCUUGUUGACCUCCUCUUUUCAGUAGGGAAUAUUAGUUCCCCUCUAAUUUAUGUGUGAAGAGAAUGGAAUACUUGAACUCUGGGCAGUGGAGAGAGCCCUGGAGCCGGAGUCAGCGGGCCUGAAUUCCAAUCUCCAUUUCUGCCACGGACUUGCUGUAUGACCUUGAGCAAGUCACUUUCCUUCCUCUCCACCUCACCUCUGAGGUCUCUUCCAGCUUGAAGGGAAAGGAGUUCAAUAUUCUGUUGAGGGUAUAGGGCUGUACAUAGAUGUGUCUUCAUAAUGAAGGAGCCUUAUGGGGGGAAGGGGAAGGGGCAGGGAGUGGGAGAGGGAAGGGGAUAUAUGUUCUGUAUGUUACAACUGUAGUAAGAUUGUUAAUCUUACAGGUGCAGAGGCGGGGUGGGGGUUAGGGAGAAUUCUCUGGCUUGUGUAAGAGCUUUGUGGCUUUGCAUCCAGGUUCCUUGCUCCCCUCUCUUUGGACAGCACCGUCUGCUCCCCAAGAGUAGCAGCUUCUUCUGGGACCUGGGUUAGCUCUCUAGGGCUCAUGUCAUGUCUCUGAACCCCAGGUUAGCUCUUUGGAACUCUAUGAUUUCCUGGUGAGAAUUACUCUCUCCAUUAGUCUCUACUUUGGGGAAGCAAAGGGAGCUGGGAUAUAUCAGACCAUGGACAGGGAAUGGAUGCUUCUAUAGGGUAGCUGCCUUUUUUCCUUUCUAUUUGUGAAAAGAAUGGGGAUUACUUUAUAUUAAAGGACAUGUAGGGAUGGGGGUGGAGGGCGGGAGGCUGUGAUUUGAAUGUUAUACAUUUGAAGGGGCUGGUCCUUCCAAGAAAUCACUGAGGCCAGCCCCAAAGCAGUUGCAUCAUCCAGGGUGCGUGUGAUGCCCCUUGUCCUGGCAGGGAGUGAGACCUGAUAGGCUGGGCACCAGGGGCUGCUGGGUGCAUACUGUGUAUGCUUGGGUAUGUUUGUACCAGAUAAUGAUGGUAAAGCUAAAUAAACAUGCAUGAUUGUUCA